CUCCGGCCAAGUUCCCAGCCGCCGGCGGAGAAGCACCCGUCUCGCAGAGGACAGGCCCCGGGGCAGACAGGCAGGCGGACACCGCCUUUGUUCCCCUGCCGCUCUUCCGAGCCGGCCGUCGGGUCAGCGGAGGCGACGGCGCUUUUCUGCGCGGGCGCCGCAGCCUCCUUGGCGCUGCCGCGUUCCUGCUGUGCCUCUCGCCGCUGGGUGGUCGUCGCCGUCCUCCUCUGCAGGGGCGGUUUGCGGCUGGGGCCGAAGGUGGCCCUCCUCAUCUGCUAGCCUCCUUCCUUCCUUCGCUAGCAGCCGGGAGCCCCAUGGUCCUGCCGGCCACGCCGUGACCUUCGCCCCCGCCUCGCCAGCCCCGGGAAAGGCCGCGCCAUGGCUCCAGCUGCCCCCGGGCGCCUUACGGACAUGCCAUGGCCGAGCAGGACGACGGCCGCCCCUCGGAGCCCCUAGGCUUGCCUCGCCGCGCCAUGGGCCGGGAGAGCCGGGGGGGAGCCGGGCCGGCGCAGGGCACCAGACGGGCGGCCAUCGGAGGCCUGCUCUGGCUGGCUCUAAGCGGCCCCGCCGGAGAGCCCAAGCGCCGCAGGCUGGGAAACGGGGGCUCGGAGGCUGAAGGGGUCGCCAAGCGGCCGCGGGCGGAGCCGGAGCCGGAGCCGGCUCUCCCCCGGCGGGUGCCCGUGAGCCGACUGGCGCUGGACUACGUGGUGCCCUGCAUGGCCCUCUACGGCAUCUGCGUGAAGGACUCCUUCCUGGGCGAGGCGCUGGGGGCCCAGAUCCUGGGCGAGGUGCGGGGCCUGCACCGCGGCGGCAGGUUCCAGGACGGGCGCCUGGUGAGCCAGCGGGCGCUUCCCGAGCCCCAGAGCAUCCGCGGGGACCAGGUCACCUGGGUGGAGGGCCGGGAGCCCGGCUGCCGCGCCAUUGGCACCCUCAUGGCCCGCGCGGACGAGCUCAUCUUGCACUGCGCAGGGAAGCUGGGCGGGUACGCCAUCACCAGCCGCACCAAGGCCAUGGUGGCUUGUUACCCCGGCAACGGAAUGGGUUAUGUACGGCAUGUGGACAACCCCCACGGGGAUGGACGCUGCGUCACCUGCAUUUAUUAUCUAAAUCGGCAGUGGGAUAGUCAGAUUCAUGGAGGGAUCCUGCAGAUCUACCCAGAAGGGCAACCAGUAGUUGCAAACAUCGUGCCCAUAUUUGACCGACUGCUCCUCUUCUGGUCGGACCGGCGCAACCCACAUGAAGUGAAGCCAGCCUAUGCCACAAGGUAUGCCAUCACCCUCUGGUAUUUUGAUGCCAAGGAGCGGGCAGAAACCAAAGGGAGACACCAGCAGGCAUCUGCCCAGAAGGACAAGCUGCCUCUUGCCACACAGACCAAUGGCCCCACCUGAUGGAAAGCGAGAGGAUGCUGUGGAAACCAAACAGCCGGAUACACUUGGCUCUCUCUGGCCAUUUCAAGCUGCUGCCGCCGCUGCCUCCACCACCUCCGUCUGCUACCCUGAAUCCUGGCCAGGUGCAGUGGGAGGGGCCUCAGUCCCAACCAAUGAUGAGAAGUGGGCUGUCUAGAACAAGCUGGGACCAGAGAAGAAAAGCUGUGUGGAGUGUGUGGGCACCGUGACUCUCUUUUUGUUUGUUUAAAAGGUUAUUUUUGUUUGCUUGUUUAAAAGGGGAGCACCUUCUUUUCUCAAAACUCUGUCUGCAGGGACCCCCACAAGCAUCAGGGGCCUUUCUGUUCACCCCAGAGCUGCUUGUCCUGCUCAUUUUGAUCCAUCAGUCAAGUCAAGAGAGAGCAGGGAUGCCAGUGAGGCUGGAGAAGAGGGGAGCCGGGAUGGAUGGAUGGGCUCACAGAUGAGGUGGAAUAAGCAUAAGCCCAUGAAAA